UCUCUAGAGUUCCUGUAGAAUGUGCUUUCCAGCAGCUGAAUGUUUGCAAACACCUUUGCUUCCCCCUCACAGAUAAGGGGCUGCACGUGGAGGUGCGUGUGAACAAGGAAUGGUUCACUGGCCGUGUCACGGCUGUGGAAAGGGGCAGGCACGCAAUCCGGUGGAAGGUGAAGUUUGAUUAUGUCCCUACAGACACCACGCCAAGGGAUCGCUGGGUAGAGAAGGGCAGUGAGGAUGUAAGGCUUAUGAAGCCUCCCUCUCCUGAGUACCAGGCUCCAGACACACAGCAGGAAGAGGAGGUGGUUGUGGCUGAACCUUCUACCUCGGAUUGCGUCAGAAUCGAGCCUGACACCACCGGUCCCAGCAGCAGCCAAGAAACAGUUGACUUGCUAGUCCAGAUCCUUCGGAAUUGUUUGCGAUACUUCUUGCCUCCAAAUUUUCCAAUCUCCAAAAAUGAGCUGAGUUCCAUGAGCUCAGAAGGGUUGUUGGCAUUUCCCUUGAAAGAAUAUUUCAAGCAAUAUGAGGUGGGUCUGCAGAACCUGUGCAAUUCAUAUCAGACACGUGCCGAUGCCCGGGCCAAAGCCUGCGAGGAAAACCUCCGGAACUCAGAGAGGAAGCUGAAGGAAACAGAGGAGAAACUGCAGAAGUUGAGGACUAAUAUCAUGGCCCUUCUGCAGAAAGUGCAGGAGGACAUUGAUAUUAAUACAGAUGAUGAACUGGAUGCAUAUAUUGAGGACUUGAUCAUGAAAGGAGACUGAGCAGCUCCAGUAUGAGUGCUGGAGAAGUACAGAGGAGCUGGCUGCUGCAGUGGGAGAUGUGGAUCUCUGUGCAGGUGGACUGGGGCAGCUGAUGAGGAGAGAGUUUUUUAGACAGUGCUCACGUUGGUAUAUAACUUGUUCCUGUGACUGUACAUAAGAAACAUCCGUGCUGUUGGCAGGAAAAUUUCCAACUUUGUAGUUCUCUGAAUCUCUUCCUUUUGUUUAUAAAUAUUUAUUUUUAAAAGAAAUGGGAGCUGUGCCUGAUAUGAUGGGUGGUUUUAGUGAUGUAAGAAGUGUGAGUACCCUUUUUGCAUCUUGGGUAUAUUCAUAUGCUAAACCUGGGAGCCCAGAGCACUCUGCUUAGCAUGUUGUCUUCAGUAAGAACCUGGCAGCAACUAAAAAAUAAGCCUUGAGCUGAAGCAGAGUGGGCCAGGACUUUGUUGUGGAGGAUACUGAACCUGGGCUAGAGAAAGCCAAGCCAUGAAUUUGAGCCAUAGAAAGGAGAUGUUGCUGUAUGAGUUGUGAGCAGAGGGGGUGGAACCUCGGGGGAUCUGGGGAAUUGGGCACUGGCACCUGCAGUGAGCUUCCUGAACAGGAGGUCGCUGCCACCGUGGUAACAACCAAGAGGCUGAGGGUCCUUCUAGAAGAGGAUCACCUCCUGGACUGUUCAUAGUGGGCAGCAUCAGAGGGAGAAUGCUGGAGUUUGUGUUCUCUGCUUGCAGUCACUUUAUAACUCACUUCUGCUGCUGUUUCUUUGAGACGUAAUUACAGUGUCAGAAGAACUCCUCGACCACCUGACAAUAAAGUGACUCCUGUUCUAUUGUCA